GAACGUCCAUCGGUGGUUCCCGGGAAUUACAUACUUGUAGUAAAAUGCGGUGUAGAAGAUGGGAAGGCAUAUAAAGGAUAUGUCUAUCAGACUCGAGUAGAUAAGAUUGACAUAAAAUUUGGAAGAUCAUUUUUAGAAGGAGUCUAUUCACCGAAUGCAAAGUUCGAUGUUCGAUUCACUUUUAAUCGCGUGGCAAUGAGGAGGAUGCAUCAAGCUCUUAACAAUACCAACGUGAACUUUAAACGAUUGUUUCCUCAUAAUCGUCAUAAUUAUGAAAACUAUGAAGAUGGUAAAAAUAAUGAACAAAUAACCGAAUUUUACACUUCCCAGGACGAAUAUCAAAAACCAGCAAAUUUAUUGUUGAAAAAGUUAAGCGAACAUUUACUACCCAAAGAAAUGAUUCGAAUCUAUGCUACUUCACAGAAUCUAAAUAAACUAGAUUCAGAUCUUCAUGACUACUGCAUUAUAUAUAAUGGAAAGUUUUAUACUCCAACAUUAACUUAUAUCGAGCAACGACAG